AUGUAUCGUGAUGUGAUUUCAACGCAGCAUCAUCUAAUUGCAGAUGAUAUCGUGGCGAAGAGAUUUCCAUUGGUUUCUAUUCGACCAAACCUUUUAGUAUGUUUCUUUUUAUGCAUGCUCACUGUGGGAGUGGGACAGAAGUUGUCGACAUGUCCCCUCGACAGCUGCCACCACUAUAAAAUCCGGUUCACACGAGUCUCCUCACUUGUCUCUACCCUUGAUUUCUUCUUUUUACACAUUCAUAAGAGAGCUUUCAGAAAACUGUGCGCCACACAAUCGCCGUGUUUUCUCACCCACCGCUUCCUUUUUGUUCUGACAUUGCAACUUGGAUUUUUAUGCGCCUGUAUUGUUUAACAUUAAUACUUAAUUUUUAAUCAUAACUGGCUUUUUUCAUAGAGAUUUUGUACCCAACAGCAGCACAGUUAUAACUCUUCACUGACAAAUUAUCAAAUCUUUUACAUUAUAACUUUCAAUUAACCACUAGUUAAUAUUUGGUUAACUCGUUAGAUAAUACACUUGUCAUGAUGUCUUCCCCUCAUCAUUUCUUUUCAUAGUUUUCUAAAAUUUUUCCAAAAACCUGCAAUAAUUGUGUUAUUGAUUAUUCGCUGAUAAUUUCAUGUGCUGAAUAAUAAAAUGGCCUUUCAUUUUCAGGACUGAAGAAGUCACCUCGUAUGCCAACUUUUUUGCCAGAGAAGCACUUAUCAAGGACGUUCAAUUUGCAAUACGCUCGCAUGGUGACAGUGUUGGUUGAUGUCGGUAAACUGGAAAACACUGUGCGCAUUCAUUCCUCUCUACUGACCCACAUUCGCAGAAGCCGCUAUCUUUUCUUCUGCUUCUCUUCUCUACACUCGAACACAAUCAGCCAUAAGUCACUCCACGGCUCGUUGAUCUGUCGUUUCUCGUUGCUCAGGAUCGUACGAAUCAAUCUCUUCACCUUGCGUUCAUUUUUCUUCAGAAAAGAGGACGACACUCUAUCAGUAAUUCAUUUUUUAAAUCACCAGAUGUUUCAUCGGCCAGUUAUUUUCAGCCAGGACAAAGUGAAGGACAAACGUAUAAUUUUAUUAUUCAGGCUUUGGGGAUAUUUUGUUUGGAAUUAUUCCAACCAAUUUAUUAUUUUUAUCUCAGAAAUAACAUAGAGAAAAUAAUCUUUGACAAGUAAUUUCUCAUUGUAUUGAAAUUUUAUUAACACAUUAUAUUUCUAUGCUCAAAUGAAUUAACACACGGUUAUUUUAAAUAACAUCUAGCUAAACAGAAUGCUAUACUACUCGGUUAAUCACUUUUGCAAUAUAUUGAUAUAUUGUUACAAUAAUGACAUCAUUACAAAUUUUCUAACUACAAUGAAACUACAAACAACAAUAACAUAUAAUCAGCUCAUAUUAUUUGCUAUAUAACACAUGUAUAUUAUUGAUUAUUUGAUUAUAUAUCAAUGAUUAUAUAUCAUUUUGAUAUAUCAAUUUGAUUAUAUAUCAAAUAAUAGGAUUGCCCAAGUCUCACCACGUGGAGAUGCUGUGAACGAAGACUCUCCUUUUGCACGCAAAAAAUAUAACUAA